GAAUAAAUAACAUACCUCCUCGUAUAUCUUAUAUAGGACCGUUACUAUAUCACCUAUAUAAUUGACCAUUAAUUGCUUGUGUAAUUUGAUGUCAACACACCCCUUAUUUAUUUUUCACUGAAAACAACUCUACAUAGUUUUAGUUCGCAGAAGUUAGAACUAUGUCUUCUCAAGAACUUGAUCAUGGGAGCAAUAGUGUCCACUUUUUCAAGAUUAUUCUUCAAACUACCCUUCAACAAGGAAAAUUGAGAGUGCCUAUAAGUUUUGUGAGGAGGCAUUGGAAAGGAAUAACAAACCCAGUUACUCUAAGGCUUCCAAAUUCGACCGAAAAGAAAGUUUCUUGGGAGAAAACUAGUGAUUACGAUGUUUGGUUUUGUGAUGGUUGGAAAGAAUUUGCAAAUUAUUUGUCUUUGGGUGAUUCACAACUUUUGGUGUUCCAAUAUCAAGGAAAUUCUCUCUUUAAUGUGAUUGGAUUUGGAAAAUGCGGAUUAGAAAUAAAAUACCCUUUAAGAGAAACUAGUGAAGAAUAUGAAGAUGUGGAAGAAAGCGAUUGUUCUUUGAAAAUUACUGAGGAUCCUUCAUCAUCGCGGUUUAAAAAGACAAAAUCUCCAUCACAAUCUUCUAAAAUUUUUAAGAAGAUGAAAAUCAAUGCAAAAGAAUCUAAGCAUGCAGGAAGUAGCUGUGACAAUCUUAAGAAGAGAGGCUAUGAUUUGUAUGAAAAAGUGAUGACAAAUUUUGACUCUGAUAAGAACUUCUUCACAUGUAUUCUCCAAAAGACAUACAUUGAGAGAGAUCUCUUGGUAACAAACUACUCUUUAUCACUUUAUAAGUACUGA